GCUCAGAACAAGGAUCAUCAGAACAAACGCAGCCUGUACAUGAUGAUCUGCGAAAGAGCCGGCCGAGACAAGAUGCGGGCCAUUUGUAGCAAGAGAACAAAAAUAUCAUGUGGAGAUCUAGCAACGUCAAUGAUGAGGAUCACAAAACAGGAUCUAUACCUGAAUACCGAUCCAAAAAUCAAAGUUCACACUUCUGAUCCGUAGUUUGUCUUCACAGAUUAUUUACAAAACCGCACAUGCAUUCAAUAAAUCUUCAACCUGCAAAUCAUGAAUGUUUUCUCCAGGACCGGAGGUGCAGCUUCCCCUCUUAGCUCUAUCCCCUGAGCAUUUCAUCUUUCGUGUAGCUACCUCGUAGCGAAAGAAUUGUGUAACGUGUAGCACAGAUAUCAAACUUGAACUGUUACAUCACUUGCGACUUUAUCUUUCUCUAUCCCGACUUCUUAUUGCUUCUUCCAAAAACAAAUUCCGAGUUUAUUUUCCAUUUCUAAAGCGAAACCUUUACUAGCAUCGAAAAUCAUGACUCGCGAAAAGGCGUUGGAACACAAGGCCCUUGGCAACAAGGACUUCACGGCUGGAAACUUUGCGGAGGCUGUCACGCAUUUCACGAAUGCGAUCGCGGAAGACGCGACGGACCACGUUUUUUACUCAAACCGAUCGGCGUGCUACUCCUCCCUCACUCAGUAUGACAAAGCGCUUGCCGACGGAACCAAAUGCGUAGAGCUGAAGCCGGAUUGGGCAAAAGGGUACCUGCGUUUCUUGAUCUACGUUCUUAUCUUUCCGGUGCAUAAUUCAUACACUUUUGAUGGACGAUAAAGGAAUUAUAGUACUUGCAGUUGUACCAGGCCGUUUGUUCUGUAUGGAGAGGACACUAGAGUAAGUAGAAACACUUGCACUGGGCGCUUUGGGAUGAUAAAUAGACAAUAGCGCUUCGGGAUCACAGUCUCGUCCUCGUCUUCUCACCACAGGUACACGCGCAAGGGCCUCGCCGAAUACUUCUUGAAGAAAUACGACGAGGCUGAGGCUACCUAUGCCGCCGGCCUGAAGCUCGCACCAGAAGACAAGGGGCUGCUCGAGGGCUUGGAAAAAGUGAAGAGCGCAAAAGCAAACGCUGCUGGGGGUACAUGAUUUUUUUGCUCAUUGGUUUGCGUUGUAUCUCAACUUAGGUAGUGGUGGAAUUGUGCAUCAUGACGAAAAUCUUGCAGUGCGCGUGCGCACUUGUUUGCAUCGCAUCAUCUUCCCGGUAAAUCAAUUCCCAAUCUACAAUGCGCACAUCAGAGGUGGAUUUGUUCAACUUUGAUUUGCAUGUCGAAUGCAAUAGUCGCUGAACAACACAGCAGGUGAUGGCGGUAACCCGAUGGCAGGCUUGGACAUGAAUGCGUUGAUGCAGGCCAUGCAGCGCAACCCGAAAAUUGGCACGUAUCUGCAGGACAAGGAGCUGAUGUCUAAGUUCAAGAUGCUGUUGCAGGCCCAGCAAAACCCGCAAUUGCUGCAAGCUAUGAGCGGCGAGCUCAUGAAAGACCAGCGACUAUUGGAACUCUUCAUGGCCAUGCAAGGUACGUAAACGUAUGUUCUUGAUAAUUAUUUACUCAUACAUUACGCUAGUACAUGAUUUUUUUUUUGCAUGCGUUUUGUGGACAUGGGCACCAUCUCAAAAGAAUUUAGAAUGCAUUCGCGGCGCUAGAAGGCUUGUAGUAAAGACAAAAACCCGCACAAUUGCAAGUGCGAUGAAAGCUCGACAAAAAACCGACAGGUAUGGACAUGCCGGAGCAGAAAGAACCUUUUGCGCCAGAAGAGCGAAAGCCCGCCGCCGCGGCCGCUGCAGCAGCGAAAAAGCCAAAGGUGGAGGAGAAAAAGGACGAGAGAACGCCUGAGCAAAAAGAAGCCGAUGCGUUCAAAGACGAGGGCAACAAAUUGUACUUACCUGCGAUAUUGAUUAUUGCUUUUGGAUUUGGAAAUUCGUUCAUAACGCACGUCGUUCAUAACGCAAAGCCACUACUUGCUGCAUUUUUCCGCAUCGCAUAGGUAUGUUUAUUUCCCUGUGUAGUUUGCUUCGACGAAGGCGAAGCUGAGGCCUAAAGUCAUAGAACUCGUCGUCCCACCUCUUUUCAGGUACAAAGCGAAGCAGUUCGACGAGGCUAUUGCGCAGUACGACAAGGCUUUGGAAAGUUUGGAGGACCUAUGGAUUGCAAAUAUGUCUGGGUCUGGAAGGUUUCAACUCGUCAUACUAAUUCUGGAUCAUGUAAAAAUCUGUGUUGCAUGAUUACCAAAAGCUGUCCACUUUCGACCAAGUUGGCAGGGAUUUUCUCUCGCAGGAUAGGCAUGGUAGGGAUCUCACAGAAUCUGUCAUGCUAGGUGCUGCAUUCCAGACGACAUGGAUCAUGGAAAAUCUGCAUGACAAGUAUCGGAAUCUCCCAGACCCAGACAUUUUUGCAGUUGAUAGGACCUCACCUAUUACAACAACAAGGCUGCGGUGCUUCUCGAGCAGAAAAAGUUCGAGGAGUGCGUAUCGAAAGGAAAAAUCCCCCCUCCCCAUAUCAAGUCGAAAUUUCUGAUGCUGGAUUUGCGUACACAAAUCCGAUUUGUCUUGCAGUAAGGCAUUUCAGCCACAUCAUCGGCCUAGGUAGGGGCGCUGGGUCUAGUUGCUUAGCAUUGCAAACGGCUGUCCCCUAGGCGCAACAGCAUGCCAAGUCGCUUCCUGAAUGGCGCGGAAGCCUCUGCACUUGUCUUCUUGCAAGACAGACGAGAUUUGCGACCUCAAAUCAGCAAUACAAAUUUGCAGAAACAUUACCUUUUCGAUAUGGGGAGGGGGAGUUUUUCCUCUCGAUAGUGCGAAACGCUGCUGAAGUCCGUCCUCGAGCGGCGGUACGACAUCAACAGCGCCAACCCGGGCACCGCCAGCUUCGAGAAGGUCGGGAAAGUGCUGAACCGACUCGCGGUGUGCCACGCCAAGCAGAAGAAGUUCGACACGGCGAUCGAGUACUACGAGAAGUCGCUCGCGGAGGACAACAACCGAACCACGCGGGCGGCGCUGGCAGACCUGAAGAAGGACAAGUUGAAGUUUGAGAAGGAAGCGUACGUGGACGUAGACAAGGCGGAGGAGCACAAGGAGAAGGGCAACGCUUUUUUCAAAGAGAACAAGUUUGUCGACGCAAAGAAAGAGUACGACGAGGCGUGCCGGCGGAACCCGAAGGACGCGAAACUGUUCUGCAACCGGGCGGCGGCCUUGACGAAGCUCAUGGCACACCCGGACGCACUGAAGGACCUGGAGGAAGCGGUGAAACUGGACCCGAACUAUGUGAAGGCCUACAGCAGAAAGGGAGCCUGCCACUUCUUCAUGAAAGAGUACUGAUAUGCUGAUUGAUUUGCCAUACUGCUGUUUUAUUUAGGGUCUACCACACAUAGCGCACAUGCGUGAUUUUGUCUUCACGUUGCAAGGUGAGGAGCCAGGUGGUUGUGUUUGCACGAGGCCUUGCAGUUAAGUUAAAGUACUAGCUCGUCAAGCGAACACCGUGAAAACCAAAACUAUGAAAAAAUUAUUGUGACCACAACAGCUACAACAAGGCCCUGGCGGCCUACGAAUCCGGUUUGAAACUGGAUCCCAACGACGAGGGGUGUAAGAAGGGACGCAUUGACGUUAUGAUGAAAAUCCAGUCGGCCUCGAGGGGUGGCGACGCCCCGGACCAGCAGCAGGUACAGGAGGCCAUGAAGGACCCAGAAAUUCAGGCGAUUCUGAAGGACCCACAAAUGAACCUGAUUCUCCAGGAAAUGCAGGCGAACCCGGCCAGCGCCCAGGAAAUGAUCAACAAGGACCCAAAAAUCGCCAACGCCAUCCAGAAACUCAUGGGCGCAGGGAUAUUGAGGAUGGGCUAAAAACGGAUCACAUGCAAAUGAUAGAUCACCUGCUGCAAGUUUGUGCCUGAGCAGCAGGAGGAGACGAUGCCAUGGGGCGGCGCAGGAACAUCAUCAAAUCUAACGACACGAGGAGUCCUCGAGCUGGGGUCGACGCGGCCUGGUGCAUACGACCGCGGCGAUAUGAAUGCCGGGGGACGCAGUUCCAGUCUUUUUGACUAGUCUCGCCCCAAGGAGUAGCACUGCAGGCACAGGCAGAGAUGUUGAAAUGAUGUCAAUUUAAGUACUCAUAUGAAGCAUCAUCGAUCAUGUAAGUGCAACUGAACACAAAAAAAUCGUAAUGUACCCGGCG